UGGUAAGUGUCGUAUCGUCGAAAGUUUAUUUGGAAUCGGUUUUAAACUAGAAAUAUGGGUAUCGAUAUCAAUCACAAGUGGGACCGCAAGGUUCGCCGUACCAAGCCGAAAUCGCUGGACGUCUAUUUGCGAUUGCUGGUCAAGUUAUACCGCUUCCUGUACCGUAGAACUCACAAAAAGUUCAAUAAGAUCAUUCUUCGUCGUCUAUUCAUGAGCCGAACGAAUCAGCCACCAAUUUCUCUUUCUCGAGUGGCGAAGUUGUUGAAGCUACGCGGUAAGGAUGAGAAAACAAUCGCCGUCGUAGUCGGAACUGUGACCAACGAUGACCGCAGCUUGUACGUCCCGAAGAUGAACAUCUGUGCGCUUCGUGUUACGGAAAAGGCCCGCGAACGAAUUCUGAAGUGGGGAGGUAAGAUCUACACCUUCGAUCAGCUCGCGCUUAUCGCUCCGACCGGAAAGAACACUGUGCUAAUGCAGGGAGAACGUACCGCUCGCGAAGCGUUCACUCACUUUGGCCGUGCUCCCGGUGUUCCGCACUCCAACACCCGGCCGUACGUUCAGUCGAAGGGACGAAAAUACGAAAAGGCUCGUGGUCGCCGUAGCAGCUGCGGUUUCAAAAACUAGGUCAACCCGGUCAUCGAAAAAGUUGAAAGGAAACAACAUCCGACUCCUUUUAUUAUUUGUGUAAUUAAGUGAAAUAAUAAUACAACAAAAUUCCACGAA